GACAUGGCUGUUCAUCUCAUAUUUCUUCUCAUCCUCACUGGACUCACAGGAAGUCACAGCAUAACUACAGUCAGUAAAGUGUCAGUGAAAGCUGGAGAUUCGAUCACUAUCCCCUGUCUCUAUGAAUCUAAAUACAUAAACGAUGUGAAGUACUUGUGUAAAGGAAGUGUUUGGUCCUCUUGCUCUACUGAAAUCCGAACUGAUUCACAAAGUAGCUCAGAAAAGUUUUCAAUCUCUGAUGAUAAAAUCCAAGAAAUCUUCACGGUGACGAUAAAAGAUGUGACGAAUAAGGACACUGAUUACUGGUGUGCUGUGGAUGUUAAUGGAGGAUUAGAUGACAAAAUGUAUUUCCAACUGGCAGCCACCGAAGGUACACCACUUCUCUCUGUCGUUAAUCAGGAGAUUACAGGAUUUAAAGGAGAAGAAAUAACCAUACAAUGUCACGGUAGAUUUGCCAUUAAGUGGUGCAAGCUGGGCAGCUCCUGUGUGACGGGGUUGUCUGGAUCAAUAGAUGGAACAGGAGUGACCAUCAGGUGGAGGAGUCUAAGGGUUUUCACUGUGACUAUGAGUGGACUGAGGACAGAGAGCAGCGGCUGGUAUUCAUGUGUUAAAGUAGACUUCCAGAUGCCAGUGCAUGUAACUGUUACUGACAGACCUAUCACUACCACACCUGCAAUGACUAGAAGUUUAACCACCUUAUCAACCACUCCCAAUACCAUCCAGACAGGCAGAGCUAUUACCACUGCUAAGACUGGACAGGACGGUGCUUCAAUUGACAUAAAGAGCCUCAUCAUCAGUCUGAGUUUGCUCCUCUCCGUUGUAAUGAUGGCCUUGUUCAUCUGGUUCAUGUUGAGAAAACACAAAAAGACCAAAGCAGAGUCAUCAGCCCCAACAACAGUUAGAAGGAUUCACAGCAUACAGCGGCAAGAUUUGAGAAAGUCCUCUGACAUUUGCUUUGUUCCUUCAACACACGCUGAGGAGGAAGUAACACACUGUGAAGUUAAACACAAGAGAAAGACUUCAAGCCGGGAUCAAGAGGACGCAACAUACUGUAAUGUUGGGAACAUGAGAAAAACAUCAGUCCAGAAGUUAUGUUCUGAAAGUGAUGUGGACUUGAUGUACAGUUCUGUGACUACCAUAAAGCAAAAAAACAUAAAACGGGUUGAAGCAGAAGACCAGGAUGUGACAUACAGCACGUUGGCUCAGCAGCACCAACACAUUUAAAUGUCUGUCUUCUAAUCUUUCUAUCUCUCGGUUACUGGACAGUUAUAUGUUUUGAAACGAGAGUGUUGCAAGGUGCUUUUAUCUUUUGGUUGUGCAGGAACUUCUUCCUUCUCCUUUUUCAUUUGCAGCUGUGUUUGUGCUUAAUUUAUUACAUUUAGAAAAUGUAACUGAAUACGGCGAAACUUAAUAUGUGUCUCGUCUGUCGUUCCACAAUCACAGGUUGGUGUUCUCAUCGAGUGAAAGAGCGUCCGUUUCACAAUUAUAUUUAAUCCACUUUGUGAAGCCACAUGACUACCUAACCACAGAUAUGUUAGUACAAUUAGGUGCUGUGUGAGGUCCUUUAAGUGUCCUCGAGAGCUCGCUAGUCUCAUAAAUAUAACUGUUAAAGGAUUUGGACUUCAUCUUUUCUUGAGGCUUACUGCCUCACAUAAAACCCAGAUACAAGGGCAUACAGUUUCUAGUGUUCGGUUUUUCUCUGUACUUUGUGUUUCAGUCUGUCACUUUUAGACAUUUCCAGUGUACCUCUGUGUAAUUUUAAUUGCCAAAAAGUGAUCUGAAACCAUAGCAGGAAACAAGUAGCAUAAGUCUGUGUAUAUGAUAUUUCUGUUACUUGAUUUAGUUAUGCAAAACAAAUCAUAAUCUUAUUAAUCAUUCAAUGUCACUACUACCCUGUUUUAAAUAAAUCAACACAAUU